CCAUCCUGCAAAAUGGUGACCUCGCAAGACUCUGAGCCAUGCAUACUAGCUGCCAGGCUCCUCGACCGCCUCGCACGUGGAGUCGACACGCUCGGACUCGGCGCACUCCAGGACCUCGAUCACAUAGUCGCGAACAGCCUCUCGGUCGUGAGAAGCACGAUCAAUAACCACAGACCUGUGCACCAACUCCCCGUUGAGGUCCUCGGGAUCAUCUUCCGCCACGCCCUGCCCUCCAACGAAGGCGGAUUUCGCCAGAGCGGUGCGAAGGAGCCCGAUAUGCACGAAGAACGGCGCGAGCGGGUCGCCUUAACCCAGGUCUGCAGGCGAUGGCGCGACACCGCGUCCCAAAUGGCCGCCUUCUGGACCCUCAUCGACGCCUCGUCCGUGCAGUGGGCAACCACAUGCUUUGAACGCUCCGGCACGAUGCCUCUGCACGUCUUCCUCCGCUACCCGCUCGACAGCACCACCGAAACCCCGCUAGCCUCUGAAGGCGCCCGAAUCCGCGACCUGUUCAUAGAGUUCCCCAAGGAUCGCCGGUCGAUCAUCCCCACCGAGCUCCCGACGUUCCUCCCCGAGGUGCCCAACAUGGAAAGCCUCUCCAUCGUGACCCGCAGCCGGGCUUUCGAAGAAGGCCGCCCGAUGGUCGACCUCUCGCAGUGCCCACCGCUCUUCCCGCAGCCGCCGCCCCGCCUACGCACGCUCAUCCUCAAGAACCAGUGCUGGUUCCCCGCAGUCCCCUACGAGCAGCUAACGCACCUUCACAUCGCACAAUGUACGCCCGUCGACCUCCGCACGCUCGUCGGUCUCCUCGCGCGCUGCACCGCGCUCGAGGCGCUCGUGCUCGCGGACGUCUAUCUCGCGAGCGCACGCGCGGUCCCCGACGACUGCACCGCGCCGCUCCCGCACCUGCGCCUGCUCGCGCUCGGCAUCCACCAGUCGCGCCUCUCAAUGCGCCGCAUGCUCAAGUGCCUCGUGCUCCCCGCCACCGGACUCACCGUACGCAUCUCCGGGAACGAGGCUGCGCGCGCGCUCUGCGACCUGCAGCCGUUUCCCUCGCUUCCGUUCACGGCCGAUUUCGACGCGCUCACACUCGACCGCACAUCGGACGGGCUCGUCCUCCAGGCCGCGUGCGUCCGCACUGGCACGGGGCUUCUCCUCGAGUUCGGCCACGGGUACACGUCCCUGCUCGUCAGCCUCGCGAAGAACGUCCUACCCGCACUCAUCCCGUUUGCGAACAUCACACGCCUCGCCGUGCGCGCGGACAAGUGCGACGUCGCACUGCACCUGCUCCCCGAGAUGCCCUCGGUUGCGGCGUCGACGCGGGCGCGGGGAUCGGCGCCGCACUGGCCGAGUUCCCGCACUGCGUCCCGCGCGUGUCCGAGCUCGCGGUCUGGUCGCCGCGGCGCGAGCUGAGCUGCCUGCCGAAGCUGCCGUUCAUCGCGAUCAAGCUGAAGAAACUGUCGUUCUGCCACAUCAGCGACGGUGGACCGGAGGCUCCUGCGGGGCCGCCGCCUGGCCAGGAGUACCUCGAGAGCUCUAUCGCGGAGGUCGACUUCCGCACGGUGGAUCACGCAGAUGUGCCAAACCUCAUCGACCUGCCGGGUGUCCGACCGCUUAACCACAUUUACGAUUGGUAGCAGUAACAGUUGGAGACAUCAGCACGGUUAGGUAUUUCAUUAGCACUGUUAUUCCCUGAACGCCCAGGCACUUAUAAAGCGACUUCAUGCGGUCGCGCAUAAAUUAUCACAGCGACAUUUGUACCACAUUCGAUACACCAAUACUUCUGCGGCUUCACAUAUACAUGC